AUGUUAAGUGCUGGAACAAAUCCAAAGCGAUUUUAUGUUGAAGGCACAUAUCAGGAAGGAAACUUGCUCGCGCUGGCGCUUUGGCGGGAACACCUGCCCAACUUCGAGAAGUGCCUUGGCGUGGCCAAGAAGAUUGUCGUCGGGAAGAAGCUGUCAUCCAAGAACGAUGGCUUCCGGGAUAUUGCCGCAGCGGAAAAGAAAGUAGCAAGCGACGAUUUCAUCUAG